ACCCUAUAGUGUCUGUCUGAGGGGAGGAGGGACGGGAUAGAGUCUGUCUGAGGGGAGGAGGGACCCUAUAGAGUCUGUCUGAGGGGAGAAGGGACCCUAUAGAGUCUGUCUGAGGGGAGGAGGGACACUAUCGUGUCUGUCUGAGGGGAGGAGGAACCCUAAUAAAGGACAUGGGAGGGAUCUGAAAUAAUUUUCUGAGCUUGUCUGAUGACGGUCUAUUCAAAAAUAGUCUGCAGGGAGUGAUGUUACCUCACACCCAUGACCCUCAGGGCAGUUUGAUAAAUUGCCAAUCCAGACUGUGAUGCCGUAUCUCAGGAUUCUCUCUAUGACCGCAUGGUAGAAUAGGAGCAUUUUUUUCUGGUCAACUCCAAAAUCCCUUAGUCUAGGUAGGAAAUAGAGGCGUUGUUGGACUCCUUGUCCAAGUGUACACCCAGGUACUUAUAUGAACUAACCUGUGCUAUGUUGGCAUUGUGGACAACCACAGACACGUGGUCACCGACAGAUUUGGGGUCAAACACCGUCUCCUCCGUUAUCUUUACAUUAAGGAUGAGAUGGUGCUCAUCACACCAAAUGACAAACCUUUGAAUCUCUGACCUGUACACAGUAGUAUCGGCAUUUGUAUAUACAUCAGAAAACGUGACAAUAUAUCUGUCAGGGUUACUGCUAGUGCAAAAUAAAACUAACAAACAAUCAAAGAAACAAAAAGCCACAGGAGGUGGUGCAUUCCAGGAGGCAGCUGUCCAUCUUGUUUGCCUCAAACUCACAAGACUCCAUUUCCCACAUGCUCCAGUAAACCUCCAUACCUCUGGACUGCAUCACCUCCCUUGGGCGGCCGUUUGGAACAGAUAAACAGGAGGGUUUAAAUGGGCAGAUCUCAAAUCACAUGAGAUUAUUAUCCAAUGGAAGCUCUCGCUGGGUUAAUGAGGAAACUAGUCACACCUGUGACUCUCACCCACUUUUCUUGUGGAAGCACACUACACACCCACCACGGAGCCCCCAGCUUCCUCUCCCAGUGGCCUGAGCUGGCUUACGUUCAGGAGUCACUGGUACAACUCCGCCUCCUGGUCCUUCUGUUACCGCGAUGACAGCACCGGCCCGAUGCGCUCCUCCUCGGAAGAGUUAUGAUAUCUAUCCCGCGGUCCCCUCCGUUCCCGUGCUCUUCUCCCCGCAGUCGUCUCCGGCCCUGGGCCCGUCGGAGCUGCAGCGCGGUGCAAGCGCCCUGGACCCCCGUCGCAUCGCCCCCAGCUUCCUCUCCCAGGGGCCUGAGCUGCCCGACUUCCAGGAGUCCCUGGAGCAACUCCACCUCCUGGCCCGCUGUUACAGUGACGACAGCGGCGGCAUGAUGCUCUCCUCCUCAGAAGAGGACGACUAUGUUUGACAGUGAUGUUUGAUUCACUGACAACCGCUGAACCGCAAUAGUCAUUUUCUUUCCUGUCUUCCGCGCUGUUAGUCCAUAAUGAUUCUAUGCACUCCAUCCCAUCUGAAUUGAUGGGUCUCGAUUGACCUCGACUGGUAUUGACAGACCCACCUAGUCCACAUUGGAUCUGAUCGCUUUCGGACUCCAUGACUCUUGAUAAGGAUUGUGUAUUGUGGUUGGAAUGAAUGGACUGGCUGUUUGAGAUGGUGACAGAAAACGGUUCUGGUAAAAGGUUGAGGUUUUAACUGACAAAAGAUAAUAGUUGGACAAUGAAACUAACUCAUUCCUGAUGUAAGGUUCCGUACUUAUUAUUUUAGUCAGACUUGUGUUCUGUUUAGUUGUGUUCUUGAACGUAGCCUGUUUCUUUGUGUUCUUGAACGUUGCCCUGUCUUUCAUUUUUGUUCAUUGAUUUCACCUGUGUUAGUUACUCACCUGGUCUCAUCAGCUCCUUAUUUAGUUCAGUUCAUUCUGUUUGUGACUUUGUGAGGUAUUGUUUGUUUAGACUCUACUAAGCCUUUUCCUAGCGUGUUUGUGAGAACCAGUAUAUUGCCUUCAGUCUUGGUUUUGAUUCACCUGCUGAUGAUAAUACUAAUAUUAAUAAUAAUAUAUAUGAUAAUAUAGAAAAUAUAAUAUAAAAAAAAAAUGCUCAUAAUCGACGAUGUGAGGUAAAGAAACACGAUAAUGGAAGUAUAUGUGUAUCUCCAAGUAAAUGUGCUUUAUACAAAUGUCCAGUUGUUGUCAAUAGCUUCCGAAAUUAAGAUAACAGAAGAUAGCAGUCAUGGUAGAUUCAUGCUAGAAUCUGUUGCAGGGAAGAAUUGUAGUUUUCCUAGCCUUAUUUUGACACUAAAUGGAAGCAUUAAACUUUGGUCAUACAUUCAAAGAGAGCCAACAACACAGAGAUGGAUUAAAUGCAUUACACAUCCAUUUAUCUGUCAAAAGUUCAAAUCAUUAAAACUUUUUGCACAUGAAAAAAUCACAUUAAAAAAAUGAAUUAUUUAAUGGGGAAAAAAUAUAUAAAAACUGUGUGG